ACAACAGGUGAGUAAUUUGGCGCGGAGUGGAAUGGCGGUUUAUGGCUUCGAACGGAUCGCUGGUUAACGUGAACUUGAGCACCAGCAAAAUUAGCUAGCUGACUAUCUGUGCUAAGUGGUAAUACAGAGAGUUUGAAACAUUUUUACCUGCUGAGUAAGUGGCAUUGCGAUGAACAGUAGCGGCCCCGCCUACCCGCUGGCCUCGCUGUACGUCGGGGACUUGCACCCUGACGUCACCGAGGCCAUGCUGUACCAGAAGUUCUCCCCAGCCGGCCCAAUCAUGUCCAUCCGCGUUUGCCGUGACAUCAUCACGCGGAGGUCGCUGGGAUACGCCUACAUCAAUUUCCAGCAGCCUGCUGACGCGGAAUGUGCCUUGGACACAAUGAACUAUGAGGUCAUCAAGGGUCGACCAAUCAGGAUAAUGUGGUCCCAGCGUGACCCCGGACUGAGGAAGUCUGGGGUUGGAAACAUCUUCAUAAAGAACAUGGACGAGUCCAUUGAUAACAAGGCCUUGUACGACACCUUUUCCGCCUUCGGAAACAUCCUGUCCUGCAAGGUGGUGUGUGAUGAGAACGGCUCCAAGGGCUAUGGAUUUGUCCACUUCGAGACCCAGGAGGCAGCCAACCGAGCCAUAGACACCAUGAACGGCAUGCUGCUGAACGACCGCAAAGUUUUUGUUGGCCACUUCAAAUCUCGUAAGGAGAGGGAGGCAGAGUUUGGCGCCAAGGCCAUGGAGUUCACCAACGUCUACAUCAAGAACUUUGGCGAGGACUUUGAUGAUGAGAAGCUGAAGGAGAUCUUCUCUGAAUUUGGAAGGACCCUCAGCGUGCGCGUGAUGAUGGAUGAGCGAGGGCGGUCCCGCGGGUUUGGCUUUGUGAACUAUGAGAACCACGAGGACGCACAGAAGGCGGUGGAGCAGAUGAACGGUAAAGAGCUGAACGGCAGGAUCCUGUACGUGGGCCGAGCCCAGAAGAGGCUGGAGAGACAGGGCGAGCUCAAGCGCAAGUUUGAGCAGAUCAAACAGGAGAGGAUCCACCGAUACCAGGGGGUUAAUCUGUAUGUGAAGAACCUGGACGAUGGAAUCGAUGAUGAGAGACUGCGACGGGAGUUCGCCCCAUACGGCACCAUCACCAGCGCCAAGGUGAUGACGGACGUCGGCCACAGUAAGGGCUUCGGCUUCGUGUGCUUCUCGUCGCCGGAGGAGGCCACCAAGGCGGUGACGGAGAUGAACGGGCGCAUCGUGGCCACCAAGCCGCUGUACGUGGCGCUGGCGCAGCGCAAGGAGGAGCGCAAGGCCAUCCUCACCAACCAGUACAUGCAGCGCCUGGCCAGCGUCCGCGCCCUGCCCGCGCCCGUCAUCGGCUCCUACCAGCAGCCCUCCGGAUACUUCAUGUCCACCGUGCCGCAGGUGGGGCAGGGUGCCCUCUACCCGCCGAACUGUUCCCCGAUCCUCCCGGCCCUCUGGACUACCCAGCCUCCUAGGCCUCAGGGCCCGUACUCGGCUCAGUUUGUCCGCUCGGCCGUCCCGCGUCGUGCCUCCACUCCGAUCAGCAGCGUCAGGCAGGCCUCCACCCAGGCCCCCCGCGUCAUGAGCAACACGCAGAAGAUGGGUGAGCUCUGUGGGUCCGGCUCGGUUCCGGUCCAGUUCGGGUCUGGCCUGGGUCUGGCUCAGGUUCGGUCCGGUCCGGGUCUGGCCUGGGUCUGGCUCAGGUCCGGUUUGAGCCCAGCCUGGGUCCGGUUCAGGUCCGUCCGUCCAUCCGUCCCGCCCUGUUUGGUUUGGUCCUCUUCGCUCUGGGGUGCUUAUAUCCAGUCAGGCACGAUGUGGGUCCCCAUGCACCAGGUCACGGGUCCAGGGGUAACAUCAGUACCCCACGGGGUGAGGAAUGCAGCUGGUAUCACGGUGCAGCCGGUCACUGUGCAACAGGUGUCAGAGCCGGCGGUGCUGGUGCGGGGACAGGAGCCUCUGACAGCCUCCAUGCUGGCCGCCGCCCCCCUGAUGGAACAGAAGCAGCUGCUGGGGGAGCGGCUGUACCCCCUGAUCCAGGCGCUGCACCCCUCUCUGGCGGGUAAGAUCACCGGCAUGCUGCUGGAGAUCGACAACUCGGAGCUGCUGCACAUGCUGGAGGCCCGCGAGUCGCUGCACUCCAAGGUGGAUGAGGCGGUGGCGGUGUUGCAGGCUCACCAGGCGAAAGAACUCUCCCCGAAGAAUUGAAGCGCCCCUUCAGGAAAUGGUGACCUUCAUCUUGGCUUCUCUGAAGGAGGAAAAAGCAAACAAAAAAAGAGUAAAAUAUGAAAAUGUAAAAAAAAAAAAAUAA